AUGUAUAGAUAUAACCGGUAUGCUUCUAUUUGCGCAAAUACUGUAAGAAAAUGUCUUAAAAAAGAGAAACGCUUUGAUGCAGAAAAGCGAGAAAAUGUUUUUUUGAAGGUUUCAAGUUGGGUAAAUGGAAAACAAGGAGAAUCAAAAACACUAGGGAAGAAUGAGAAAAACGAAUAA